AUGCGUUAUAUAUUUUUACCUUUAACUGUAAUAAUAUGUAUGAUUUUUAACUUUUGCACAGGAAUAAGUCAGAAACGAACCUUACAACUUUAUUCAUAUAUUUAUUCAAAUAACCUACACAUCCAUCAGGAUAUUUUAAGUAAAUUCUCUGAAAUGGCGACUAAAGUCAAAACUAAACUAGUUAAAAAAGAAAAGAAGGAAGAACUCAAUAAUGAUUUGGAAACAAAAUUAGAAUCUGUAAAAACUAAAAAAGCUGUUAAAAAAACACCAAAAUCACUGACUCAGACGAAACUAGACUUUGCAACGCCCACAGCAAGUCCCACCAAAUGGGCAAAAAUACCACCACUGGACCCGAAGGAGGAUGUAGAUGAAGCGUAUAAGAAAAUCGCGGAAUUGAGAGAAAAAUCCAAUGUCUAUAUUGGAGCACAUGUUUCAGCGUCAGGAGGACCAGAAUACUCAGUGCCAAACGCAUACAAUAUCCUAGGCCAGUCGUUCGCACUUUUUCUUAAGAACCAAAGGACGUGGAACUGGAAAGCUUUGUCGAAAUCGGCAAUUGAAAAGUUCAAAAGUAACAUGUCAAGUCAUAACUAUGACCCCAAAUUCGUACUCCCACAUGCAUCAUAUUUGAUUAACAUGGCUAACCCAGACCCGGAUAAAAGAAACAGAGCAUUCGAUAACUUUUUAGAUGACAUCCAAAGAUGUGAGCAACUAGGGAUAAAGCUCUAUAACUUCCAUCCAGGAUCAACUUGUGGUUUAUGUGAAAAGAAGGAAGGGAUAAAACACAUUUCAGACUGUAUUAAUAAGGCCUUGGAGAUGACAAAGGGUGUUACAAUUGUGUUGGAAAAUGCGGCAGGACAGAAAAACGUUAUCGGAUCAAAAUUUGAUGAUUUGAAACAAAUCAUAGCAAACGUUGAGGAUAAAUCAAGAGUUGGAGUAUGCCUUGAUACCUGUCACCUAUUUGCCGCAGGAUAUGAUAUUAGAACAACAGAACAGUUUGACCAAGUUAUGAAGGACUUUGAUAGUGUAGUUGGACUUAAAUACCUUAGAGCAGUCCACCUAAAUGACUCAAAGUCAGACCUCGGGAGUGGCCUUGACCGACAUGAAAACAUCGGCAAAGGAAAGCUUUCAGAAGAGACCUUCAGGUUCAUAGUUAACAGUCCUUACUUUAAAAACAUACCAAUAAUUCUUGAAACGCCAGUUACUGAAGGGAAUGAAGGUGUAUAUAAACAGGAGGUAAAACUCAUGUAUAGUUUACUCGACUAA